CGCGACUCUGAGCAUUCAUGGCAGAUGAACAGUCCAGGCUCAACCAGAUAUCUCGUGCUAUCAUUCCCGAUGCGGACUAUAUGCGCAACGAUGCCCAGCUGAACCGCCUUGAAGCAGAAAUGCAAAGGUUCAUACAACAUGUGCGAGCACAGAACGAGUUAGGGCACCGCCGUCAUCUACUGGUUGAGCAGAUUAGGCAAGGACAACAUGCUCAACAGCAACUGCUCGAGUUACAGCGAAUGGAAGGACGAGGCGCUGUGGGCCCUUCGUUUGAUCCGAAUCUGAUUGGAAAUGCCCUGCGGAUCAUGCAGUCAACACAUUCUGGCGCGAGCACCCCUGUUCCGGCAAUUUCUACGGCACACCGUGCUCCUCCAAGCGGGCCAUCUUCCAUGAAUGGUAACUACGGUUAUGCGCCUGUUCAAGGGCAAAUGAGCAAUCAAGGUCACCAGUUGCACUCACAUCCUUCGAACCUAAACAACUUCUCGUCCUCCCAACCGAUGAACGCCUCGACCCAAUAUUGGCCGCAUCAUCCAUCUCAUUUCACGCACAACCAUGUAGCAGCCCACCAGUUGAAUCCACUCCCUCAGCAAUCAACAUUCGCACAAUUCCAUGCGGCCCCUGGUCCGUACCCAGUAAGCCAAACGAUGGAGGGCCACUUCAAUAGCUCCUCAAACACCGUGCACAUCGACAACGCUGAACCCUCCCCCUUCGUUGCCUCUUCCUCCAGUUUAUCGGGCGCUCUCGGUACACCCACCAUUGCCUCUUUCCCCUCAGUAGAGCGCACAGACGAAGCUAGUGAAGAUUCAUCGAGGAUCGUGGAAAUCGAUGAAUCGGAAAGCAACAUUAAGCAGCCCCGGCUUUCCCAGCAAACGUCUCCAUCCAUGUCAUCAUCGCAGCAAGCCAAUGACGCGCGACAGGAUGUACAAUCCGUGAAGCGUGUUGCGAAGAACAUGGCUCAAGAAUACGUGGCACAAAUGAUCGAUUCUAUUCAUGUCGCCCAUACCACCCCAGCCCCGCCCGUACUCGAUUCAAGUCAUAAUCGUCCAUCUGCUGCAAGAAUUGGCGUACCAGGGACAGCAUCGACAAGCAACCAAAAUGCGCUCGUCACCCAGGAUGGACUUGCGGCUGCGGCAUCUGUACCCAGACAUGCUUCGACGCAGGAUGCCCCAAGCAUGUUGUUGAAUGAUAAGCCCAGCGUUGCAUCCACGUCAGCUAAGCUAAGCGCGAGAGAAGGACAUGCAUUUUCGAUAACAGGUCAGCAGAGUCACAAUCAGCAACAGCCGCAACCCCAUCAUUGGACAUACCGGCCAUACACUGCAGGAUAUAUGUCGGCUCCAGGUUCAACCUCGGCUUCAGCUCGUGGCGUUACGACGCCUCCCCCGCAGCUUCCUCCGACUUUCCAACCACAGGAAAGCAGCGCAGCACGCUCUCCAGUAUCUACACCCCAAUUGCAACGGAAUGAGCGGCAGAUACCGCUUCGUUCGCCCCAACAAGCGGACAAGAGGCGACUGGCUAAAGAUAUUUUGCGCGCAUUGCGACCCAACUCGCUCUUGAAGCGUAGGCGGAGUACAUCCCCAGAAUCCACGCCACUCCCGAUCGAUACCGCAAAAAAGUAUCGGGCUGGCGUUUCGCAACAAGUUGCACAUCAUACGCCGCCGAUCGUGCAGACGAGCCUGAACGGCGAUCUUUCUGGAGCGAUACCUCAGUUUAACCAGCCGGACGUUCCUUUGCUAGCGACGUCACACUCCACGGCCGUGCAGUCGGUGCCGGCGGCGUCGAAAUCUUGGGGAGUGUCAUCAGUGCCGGACCAGCCAAUGGGCGAUCCUGGUGCCGUUAAUAUGUUGAAUGGCCAUCGGCAUGAACCUCCUCCUCGUACAAUCUCUUCUUUCGAGCCGACACCCCCCGAAUCGACAUCUGCCGAGGAUGCUGUACAGUUCGCACAUCAUUUGGAUGAGGACGCGCUGACAGUGGCCAGAGUCGUCCCUUCUGAAGAGGUGACGGAUGAGUCUUUGAGUCGCGCUAAAAAGCGUGAUAUAUGGGUGGAAGUUCCGGUUGCCCCAGGGUGGGUGCAUAAAGCCAGGGAGCGAGCUCGAGCCCAGAGGAUGAAGACUUCGCUCGAGAAGUCUCAGUCGCAUUGUUCCCGCGACCUUGUCGGUGGAGGGAAUGUACAGCGCUCUUAGCAUGUGGAAAGAAACUGGGUCAGCACCUCGUACUGCACGCGGAGGGAUUGGAUUCCUGGGAACCGCUCUUAUGUCUUUGGGAAAGUUGUGAGCAGCGAUGUAGUGGCCGUCAGGCUUUGAUACAGCAUGUCCAGAUGCAUGAACACCAUACGCUGCCUUGUCCGUACGCUGACUGCGAGAAUACCUUCGCCACUAUGUAUGACUUGAAGAGGCAUCGCGGCUCUGACCAUGGGCCGGGAGCUCUCAAGAAGAUCUCAUAUGAACCAUUCAUCCCAGUGCUGAAUCCGUUACCUGACAUGCCUACUACAAUGCCGGCAUACAUGGCGAUAACUCGACACAUCACCCAGGAACCUACUUCGUCCGUGCGACGCGCGAGAAUAAGCCCUUGGGUGUACCGUCAGAUUCAUGCAAGCACGCAGUUGUACUUCGGCUCUCAUCACGCUGCACGACACCCGCCGAAGACUCAGAAAAUCAGUCGUGAGGAUGUCGAGGAGUCGUUGCGUGCGCGGCGCGGACGAGGGGAUGCAUACGAUUUCCUUCAGGAGACUCCCGCCCGGGCACGGCGCGCAAAGUUGCGGAGGCCUUUCGACGAGCUGGCCUCUCUUGCUGUGUCGGAACAAGUGCUCCAGGGAGUCGUGUUCGAUUUCCCGGAAGAAGAGGACGAUUGUGAGGGGGGUGAAUGCGACGUAGCUGAUGAGGAAUGGGACCGCGACGUCGAUACAGACGCAUUCAUUAGCACACCAAUCGCCGCGCCUGAAUUCUCCUCUCACGGCGGUGAUGGAGAUAGCUCAGAAGAUGAACUGCUGCUCAAGGCAACGCCCCGGGUCAACAAGCAUGAUGAGGUAGCGGUGUCGACGACAGAGCGGGCAUUAAGCUUUCACGAACGGAACCAAGAUUCGGUGGAAUUGCUGUCGGCGGUGAACUCGGAAGCUGUGGACGAGGAAGUAGUCGAGUCGGCAUUGGCGAUGUUUGACUGAUGGUUGUUGCCUGGAGCCUUGCUAGAGCACCGUUUGUAUAGCAAGGCGCAGCCCGAGCGUGAGGCGGGGAAGGAGUGUUUGGAUUGAUGUGAUCUUUCUUCGAUGCUAUCUGUUCGCGUCGUUUCCAAGAUAAUACGUUUACCUUAUUCAAUUAUUU